UAUUAUACAUUUAUGUUCUUACAGUGUUUGGGAAUGUACUGAUACUGCUGUUUGUACAAGGCUACCUGCAUUUGAUUUUGGGGCCUUACUAACUUACAGACGCUCGGUUUUGCUGAAACUCAAUGUGUAAACGAGUCCAAUUAAAAACAGUAUGAAAUUUCUCUUUUUCUCACGUUUGCAGUGUUUCCGCUAUUUAUAAAAAGAUGUUUGUCCGGAUUGCAUUUUAUUUAUUUCAGCGUUUUCCCUUUAAAGAAUACGGUGAGUCAGAAUUCAUUUGGACUGCCUUCAAGAAAAUUAGUAAUGCAAUGGGUCAUUUUCUCUUUACAGAUGUUCAGUUCAAGAGGAUGCAGAGUUCAGAAUCAUUUUGGUAAACGGAUUCUGAUACGGAGAAUAAGAUGAAUAUUUGACCCGCUUUGAAGAAACGUAUUGUUCGUUUGUCUAAAGUAAUCUGUAACAACCAAACCAAUCAAAAUGAACUCGACAGUGUUUUCCCAGGUAGCAAAUCAUUCAGUGCAUUAUAAUUUUUCAGAGAAGAAUUCCCAGCUUUUAGCCUUUGAAAACGAUGACUGCCAUCUGCCCUUGGCCAUGAUAUUUACAUUAGCUCUUGCGUACGGGGCUGUGAUAAUCCUCGGGGUCUCUGGCAACCUGGCUUUGAUCGUAAUCAUCUUGAAACAGAAGGAGAUGAGAAACGUCACCAACAUCCUGAUUGUGAACCUCUCCUUCUCAGACUUGCUUGUGGCCAUCAUGUGUCUCCCCUUCACGUUUGUCUACACGUUGAUGGACCACUGGGUCUUUGGUGAGGCAAUGUGCAAGUUGAAUCCGUUUGUGCAGUGUGUUUCCAUCACUGUGUCCAUUUUCUCCCUGGUUCUCAUUGCUGUGGAACGACACCAGCUGAUAAUCCACCCCCGAGGGUGGCGGCCAAAUAAUAGACACGCUUAUUUAGGUAUUGCUGUCAUCUGGGUCAUUGCUAUGGCUUCUUCUCUGCCCUUCCUGAUCUACCAAGUCCUCACUGAUGAACCGUUCCAGAACGUAACACUCGCCGCGUUCAAGGACAAGUACGUGUGCUUCGAUAAAUUUCCCUCUGACUCUCACCGGCUGUCGUACACCACCCUGCUGUUGGCGCUCCAGUAUUUUGGCCCCCUCUGUUUUAUAUUUAUUUGCUACUUCAAGAUAUAUAUGCGCUUAAAAAGGAGAAACAAUAUGAUGGACAAGAUGAGAGAUAAUAAGUACAGGUCCAGUGAGACCAAAAGAAUCAACAUCAUGUUGCUGUCCAUUGUGGUGGCCUUUGCAGUCUGCUGGCUGCCCCUCACCGUCUUUAACACCGUGUUUGACUGGAAUCACCAGAUCAUUGCGACGUGCAACCAUAACCUCUUAUUCCUGCUCUGCCAUCUCACAGCAAUGAUUUCCACGUGUGUCAAUCCCAUCUUUUAUGGAUUCCUGAACAAAAACUUCCAGAGGGACUUGCAGUUCUUCUUUAACUUUUGUGAUUUCCGGUCUCGGGAUGAUGACUAUGAGACAGUUGCCAUGUCCACCAUUCACACAGAUGUUUCUAAGACUUCUUUGAAACAAGCGAGUCCAGUCGCAUUUAAAAAAAUCAGCAAUGAUAAUGCAAACGUCUGAAGCUGCUGGUAGCAUCUGGUUCCCGGUGACAUCUGCUGGAAAAGAAGCACAACCUGUAACAUACUUUUAUUACCUGUUCUCCCAAGGAACAGGGUUGAAAUCAUUUGGGAGAGACCAAGGAGUUUUUGUAUUGCUUUUUACUGCUUCUGUUGUAGUUGUCAUGACUGCAUUUGGAACAAAAUGUAUGCGCUUUGGAAUGUUCUGUCUAUGGUUUUGAUCACAUAUCUUUAGAUGCUUUUUUGCAAGCUUCUGCAUAUAGCAUAAAGGUUUCUAUACAGUAUGUAUUGUAAUGAAAAACUUUUAAGUAUUACUAUUAACUGACUUUAGAAGUAUUAGCCGUCUGACACUCUCAU